CAUCUUGCCCUUCCUGGUCAGCCAUAACAACAGUGAUGGCGGCGGCUGCACGGUUCUUCAUCCGAGGUGCCCACUCGAAACUUUCUCUCUCCGGCGUUGGCACCGGGGCCCAGGGCUUGUUUGGUGCCACGUUGCUAAAACUGUCUCCGAGCUGCAGCUCUCGUUCAAAAACACAACGAAGACAUGCAGCGCACUUUACCUUCCAGCCUGACCCCGUCCCAACACAAUACGGUCCUACCCAGAAGAUGAACUUGUUCCAGUCAGUAACAAGUGCCUUGGAUAACACUCUUGCCAGUGAUCCAACAGCAGUGAUCUUUGGAGAAGACGUAGCCUUUGGAGGAGUAUUUCGAUGCACAGUGGGUCUGAGAGACAAAUACGGCAAGGACAGGGUCUUCAACACUCCCCUAUGUGAGCAGGGAAUUGUGGGAUUUGGUAUCGGUGUAGCUGUCGCUGGUGCCACAGCCAUUGCUGAGAUCCAGUUUGCUGACUACAUCUACCCUGCGUUUGACCAGAUAGUCAAUGAAGCAGCAAAGUAUCGCUACCGCUCUGGCAACAUGUUUGACUGCGGUAACCUCACCAUUCGUGCUCCAUGGGGAUGUGUCGGCCACGGAUCCCUUUACCACUCUCAAAGCCCUGAGGCCUUCUUCGCCCACUGCCCUGGCAUCAAGGUUGUGGUUCCACGUGGUCCGGUACAGGCAAAAGGGCUGCUCCUCUCCUGCAUCGAAGAUAAGAACCCCUGCAUAUUCUUUGAACCCAAGAUCCUGUACAGAGCAGCAGUGGAGCAGGUGCCUGUGGAGGCCUUCACCAUCCCACUCUCACAGGCCGAGAUCCUACAGGAAGGAAGUGAUGUCACACUGGUUGCCUGGGGGACACAGGUCCAUGUGAUGAGGGAGGUGGCCAACAUGGCUCAAGAGAAACUGGGAGUGUCCUGUGAGCUCAUUGACCUGCAGACCAUCCUGCCCUGGGACACUGAAACUGUUUGUAAGUCAGUUGUGAAAACCGGACGUCUGCUCAUCAGUCAUGAGGCACCAAUAACCGGAGGCUUUGCUGCUGAAAUCAGCUCGACAGUACAGGAGGAAUGUUUCCUUAACCUAGAGGCUCCCAUCAGUAGGGUCUGUGGUUACGACACCCCCUUCCCUCACAUCUUUGAGCCUUUCUACAUCCCAGACAAGUGGAAGUGCUUUGAAGCGAUCAAGAAGAUGAUCAACUACUGAACCCUGCCAGGGCCAGCUCCUGGUCACUGUGAACUCCAAACACUCUUCCUUUCCUUCUUAUUCAUCCAAUCAGUGGAAAGCCGCCAGGAAAAGACACUUUGUUGACCAUCCAAUCAGGGAGCAGCGUCCAGAAGGGCUUCAUGUCCCUCUGCGUCCUCCAGUUAAAGGACUGUUACAGUACCUCUGGAUCAGAGAACUCAACUCUUUUGCAAGACAAAAAUGCCUUCAUCUGCUGUGUUUGGUUACCGCCUUUUCAUCAACGUAUCUCACUUUAUUUUCUCUUUAAUAAGAGCGGCAUUCUGUGGGGAUUAGUAGGUUGGCUUUUCGACUGUCUGCUUCUUUGUGCUGUUACUUUGAUUGAAUGUGUUCACCUCUGCUCUAAUCUUUAUUUAGUUUGACAUGAACUGUCCCUUAAUGUACUAAUAUAAUGGAUCUGUGGUUUUUAAUGAAAAUAAAGUAAUCAGAAUUG